AGGGCCCAUGGGCUUAUGAAGAUUGAACCCAGCUCUAGGCCCAAAGUGUCAGAGUUCCACGACAAAUAUCAAUAUAUCAUUACAGUGGGGGCCCAUGGGCUUCUGAAAAUUAAGCCCAGCUCUAGGCCCAUGGUGUCGGAGUUCCGCAACAAAUUUCGUUACUUCCUGGAGAUCCGAGUCAAUUCAAUUCAUUCAAGAGUGAUGGCUUCUCACGGCAAUUCAUCGUCGGCGAACGAUCCACGUCAGCCAUCGACUGCUCGGCCGUACGUGGCUCCGCUGAUUUCAACUCAAGAUCUACCUAUUGACUAUUACGGUUUCAUCGCCGUAGUCUUCGGAGUAGUCGGGGUCAUGUUCAGGUAUGAGCUUAGUUCGUGGCUUGCAAUCGUUUUUUGUGCCGAAUCCCUGGCUAACAUGAGGAAUAUGGAAACCGAUCUCAAGCAGAUAUCCAUGGCUAUGAUGUUUGCUAUCAUGGGAUUGGUGACAAAGUACAUGGGGCUUGCUCGACCAGGCAUGAAAGGUUGAUAGUUGAAUCAGAGAUUGAAGAAAAAAUUGUAGUACUAUGAUAUUAAUCUUCUUUAUUUGAUGAGAAUACUUGUUAGCAGUUAUAGUUUUUAUCUGAAAAUCUGCAAGAUAUAGUUGAUGAACAGUGAAAGGUCAAUGAAAAAUUACAGGGAAACUAUUUAAA